AUGGUCAGCGUUGGGGAUAUGCCUUCGAGCUCAGAACUGAACAUUCCCGAUCCUCCGCCGUCGAGGCUGCUGGCGAUCAACUCAUUGGCUGAUAUGCACCUGAAAACCACAAACAUCCCAGUCAGCAAACACAGAAGCUACCACUCGCUCGUGGCGGUUAAGGAAAGUUUGAACGCAAAACUGAAGAUUCUGGGGCUUGAGAAGUGGAAACCGCCAAAGGAGGAGAAGUUCGAUACCGAGGAGCUACAGAAUGAUAAGAGAAUGCUAGAUAGAGAACUACGGCUGUCUCAGGCGCUGUUGGACCAGUUGGAGGCGGAAUUCCAGGAGAAACGGAGGAUGUACCGGAUUUUGGAGAAACAGGCCCUGGACGCCAGGUUUAGGUUAAGGCACUUGGAGUCGAGGUUCGAGCUGAAAGGGAAUAACAUAACGCUGAGGAUCCAGCACGAGGAACUGACAGCGGAGCUUCUGCUCAAGGAGAUGCAGAACAGACUCGAGGACGAGUUCAACAAGCAGCAAUUUCAGCUACGAAGCGAGAUCAUGGACUCGGCCAAUUUUGAGGACACAGAGGCGAUCAAUGAGAUUGAGGGGCUACUGAAGAAGAAGGCGGAGUUGGAAAGCCGUUUGGAGGAGGUAUCCAACGAGCGGGACGAGGCUAUCAGGAAAGAGAUUGAGUCGAACAAGCUGGAGCUAGCGGCUCUUCGGCUGGAGAACGAGAAAAAACAGGCCCAUUUGGCCGAACUUGAAGCGGAAUUGGAGGCUUUGACGAAACAGACCGAGGAGAAAGAAGCUGAGUUGGAGAGCAUACGGAAGGAGAUCAAGGCGUUCAAGGAGUCUUCCACUAGUGCCGAGGCUUCCACUGAGCACUUAGAAGAGACUCUUCAUCAGAAACGGGCCGAGCUCGCCUCGUUAGAUAAGGAUGCAGUUUCAUGGAUUGAGAACAUUCGAAAAGAGAGAGAGCAGUAUGAGUCUGCCAGAGCCAAAUACGAAAACUACUUGUCUGUGCACAGAACACUCGAGGACGCUAUUAUGAGUUUCGAUCCGCUCCCGAGAAGCUACGUGAGAGUGCCAGCUGGUUUGAAUGUUUCAAUUGAUGAAGAGAGAAUAUUAACUGUCGCCGACCGUCUGUAUCGGUUCAGCAAGAUCUUUCACCGCGACGACGAUCUGUUUUUAAUACAAUGGGAACCGUUCGUGCAAAGGGCGUUAACCCAGCACAACGUGACGAUUACAUUCGUGGGUUCUGAACAGCAGGACAUCCAGCUGCGGUUGUUGGAUGGUUUUGCGUACUUGCAAAGAGGCCAGGACAAGCUUAAGGCCAAGGGCUGGACGUUUACGCUCUCCAUACAAUGCACCAGCAUAGAAGGGGAAACGACUCGUGAUGGGUUUGACUCUCUGAACGAAUGUAAGCUCGUGUAUGAGCGUGGGAAGUUGAUUGAAACGACAGGCAAAAGAAUACAGCUUUCUUGUGCCUCGGAUGUCAAGAAUGCCGUGCAGAAGCUUCAACAGCAGCCUGGUUCAUCAGUGGUAUUUUUGUUUCUGAUCCAAGCGGUGAAUGAAAAGGCAAAGAAAGCUUUCGUCAAUCAUUUCUCAAUUGUGGAUCUUACCCAGAAAGACAUCGCAAGCCAGGCACAGACAAUCAACCUCAAGUCCACACAAGCAGAGACUCAGUUUUUCAGUCAUGUUCAAACCCACACAAGGAGCCUGUAUGUCUGUGAGUUUGACAAUACCGCUCCAGAUACGUUGAUACUUCUAUCAAGCAUUGCUCGUUCUUAG